ACGGUUCGGGAAAUCAAACAAUACAAAAAAUUUUUGGAAAAUGUUUUCGGGUUCUUAAUAAUGACGUUUCAAAAGCAUUAAACAAAGAGAAGGUUAAUCUAUUGUUUAGCACGUUGUUAUAUCAUAAUAAAAGAUUUUAUGUAGUUUAUAAAUCGGGUUAAUUCUUGAAUCAACAAAUUGUAAUGCAUAAUAAAGGAAUGCGUAUAACACGAUCCACUAGAAAAAGAAAAGUCUCGCAGCCCAGAAGCAACGACAGUGGGGUUUCAUUGAAAUUUUCCAAUAUUCUCAACGUAGUGAGUUCUAAUACGGAACCUAGUGCAGCUAAAAUUGAGACCAAUAAGAAUUUGGAACUUUCUUCUAAAGGGGAAGAAAUCAAGAACAGUUAUAAUAGCCGAAAAUCAGAUCAGGAAUAUACUCCAGCUCCGGAUAGAAACCGGUUGGCUUUCGUUGAAGAUGAAGAUUGUUUAGAUUAUGAACCUUCUGAAGGCGAGGAUUCUGACAAGUCUUAUUCAGCGAAAGGGGAAGGUGAACAGCCUGAAGAUAUUGAUGAACAAAUCACUCAGUCUAUUCCAACAGUUCCUCUUAAGAAAUGUGAUGAAUCACAUGAAUACAAUUCAUCGAAUAAUGUAAUUCCUGACCACUUCAUUUCGUUUUCUAAUCGUCCUGAUAGUCUCAAUAUUGAAAGUAAAACAUGUAAUAACAACAUUGAGAAUGUAACUAUGGAAAAUGAUCAGAAUGACUCCAAGUUUCAAACAGAGGAUGAACUCCUUGAGGAGGAUUUCAGUCCAAAUGAAGAAAUCGAAAGUUACGAUGAAAAUCGGCUUUUAUACGAAGAAGAUCAAGAACCCAUUAACAAAAAAUUAUUCGACGAUGCUAAAGUUAACUUUAAGGGGGCGCUUAACAUAACAAUAACAAGACCUGUUCUUAAUACGUCUCAGAAUGAAGUUUAUUCACAAAAUUCACGUAGUAUAACCGCGGAGGAGAAUUCAAAUACAUUUCCAAUUACUCGCAGAUCUCCCAAUGUGCAAAUUUACAACAUAUCAACUAUACAAUCGAGGGUGAGUGAAAAUGAGUUUUCCGUGAAGAGGAAACAUGAAAAAUUAUCCGGUUCAAGUUCUUCAAGGGUUGUUCACGAUAAUAUCGAAACUAAUCAUGGUGAAAAGGACGGAUGUAGGAAUAGUUCAAGAGUUCCUUGUGAAGAUGAGACUGAUUUAAACUAUUUUAGACCUAUGACAAACUCUGUUUCGACACAAAAUGAGAAUCCAUUCAUAUCGCCUCCUGAAAAAAAAUGGAGGCGUGAAGAAAAUCAACCGUUUCUGGGAUCAAUAGAUUCUUGUGAUACUUAUGUUGUUAAAGAUCAAAAAAGGCGAGUGAAUAAUAACUUCCAUUCUCAAGAAGGAAGCGAGAGUAGGUUUCAAGACGUUGGUGUACAAAAAACCGUCUCAACUCCAUUGAGGUUUUCCAGUUCCGAUCUGUUUCAUUCGAGCAGAGACGAAGAUCCUGCUCAAGAAAAUGAAAAAAAGGAAUAUAUAGCCAGAUGGUUGAUGCAAAGUAACGAAGAUAACUUUUCCCAACUUCUCGAGUCCUUGUGCGAAUCUCACUUCACUGUGGGGUGUAACGAUGUCAGAUGUUCGAGAACGCAUUCUUUAGAAGAAAUCCGAAAGAUAAUCCAUCAGGCGAACUUCCAAGAAUUCAACAAACUCUACCGAAUUGCCCUGACCCAAGAACUUUGGUUCAUGUGGUUGUUCGACAUCUUCCUGGAAUGUUUCAAGGUGACCCCGAGGGUUGGCGAAGUGUUGCUGAUGGAUAUGAUCGACGAUGUGUACAAAGUUUUCAACGGUACUUUCACAGAUAAAACUAGCUACAUCAUCAGGAUCAUCGAGGGUCUCAGGAACAUGGGGUAUUCGCUCAGGGAUGCCGUUGAACGUAUCCUGGUAAAAUACGGCACUUCCCAGUUGUGGAUCUGCGACAUAUUACUGUUUGUCAUCGCCAAAGAGCCCAAUCUGGAGGAGAACUGGUGUCUGGUGCAAAAGAUCACUUGGUGUAGGAAGGAACAGAUCGACCAUGAGGUGGUUACGGAACUCCUGAUGGGCUCCCUCCAAAAUUACCCGCUGAAUAAGGAACUUUGCAAGAAGAUUUACAACGACAUCUUCGAGAAGAACUUGGUGGAUUUGAACAAGAUACCUCGACAUCUCUGGGAAAUAGUGACUAAAAUGUCAGGAGUCAAUGUGAAACCUAAGAGGAAGGAUGUCAGUUCGAACUCGAGUUCUACGGAAAGUUGCACCACUAAAGAUGCCGGUCAGUUGAACAGUCCCGUACUUGGAGAGCAACAGAGAAAAGCAUUGGGUUUUGAUAGGAAAAGUUCGCCAGAUUUGGUGCUUCUCGAUGGGGAGCAACGAAGAAAAUCAUCGAGUUUCGAUAGGAAAAGUUCCCCAGAUUUAGUGCUUUACGAUGGAGAACAACGAAGAAAAUCGUCUAGUUUCGAUAGAAAAAGUUCCUCAGAUUUAGUACCGUACGAUUGUUCGCGAGCGUCUUCUUGUUCUCCGAUUCCAGUGAUUAAAGAUCAUGAUGACGUUUUCCAUGGACAAAUUGCGUUCAGAGAGGACGCCUUCAAGGGUCAUAUAGGAUAUUCCCCGAAGAUGAUCUCGAAGGAAUCUGUUGAGUACAAAAAGCGUCAAACCAGCACCCCCAGCGACUGCAGUUCCGGCGGUAUAAACGAGAGGGUGGUGAGGAAAUUCAUCGAAUCCCUCAGCGGCGUGUCCAAAUCGCAAACGCCGGCCAAUUUUAUAGCUCAUCCUUCCUGUCAGCCGACCAUACAUCCGAAUUUCCAAUGCAACUCUUCGCUGCACAACCUGUUCCCCGAAGUCUACUCCUGCGACACGGACAUCUCGAUCGACGACAUACGUCGAUUGAGCGCCUCUCUGAAAGAAACUGAUUCUGUUGCUCUGAUGGAUGUCCUGAAGUCGUACAGUAGUCCGUAUACCAUCGAAAACUUCAUCGUCAACGUGCUGACGUUGAUCAAGUCUAUAAAACAGGGCCAUGCGAUUUUUAAAACGUUCAUGGCACUCCUGGACGAUCUGGAAGAAAAAGAACCUGAUUACAUGAACAACAUGUACAUGAAGGUUUUGGUCGAAGUGCUGGCUUUGAAUUUGAUCUACAUGUUAGAUGCAAAAGGAAAAUGGGAUCUCUGCAGGAAUAUACUCAUGAAAAUAAAAGAUUGGCACAACUUGGUCACUUCCAAGAUUUUCCUGCGUAAAACUAACACGAAGUCGCAUAUGGGGCGUUAUAUAUACUUGAUCAAUGUGCUGAUAUCAGCCGAGGACUUUUCUUGGGUGAACGAACUCUUUCAGGCCAAGGCCCUUAACCUGUUGGGACCGCCCUCGUCUUGGCCCUUCGAUUUCAAACCGUCAGAUGAAGAAGCUCGAAAUAAAGCUCUCAAAUCCUUUUUCGAUAAGGGUUUCCCGAAGAAUAUUUUCAUCGCCAAUGAUUUGCUGAAGAGUAUAAUCCUCAUGAACGCAGGUUUUGUGAGUGGUUUCGAUCUCUGGGAAUGGUUUAAUAACAAGCUCCUCUCUUUAAUGGAGAAUCAAGAUGCAAACAGAUCGCUUCUUCUGCUGUUAUCUUACGAUAUAAGCAGUCAUUAUGAACGGUAUAUGGAUGGGUUCGUGCUGCAGGCCUAUAUGCUCCACAUGCAUGAUCACGUUCAGAGUGAAGAGGCAUUGAAAUUAUUCAAGCUUUGCUGCAAAAAGGGGGUCUAUCCUGAUUAUACGGGUGAAGAGAGGGUCUUGUAUGUAUCGACCAAUCUGACAAACUUCGAGAUCACCUCUUUGUUGCACUGUUUCGUUGAAAAGUUUAGGACUGGACGUGCUCCCCCUCAUGAUUUCCACAUAGAAUUGAUGUUGCCUGAAGGCAGAUCUAAAGAAUUGAAAAUAAUUGAAAGAAAAUUCAGGAUUUCCAGGAAUGUUUAUAAAGUGUUCGAAACUAUAUGUUUGAUUCUGGAAACAAAGUACCAUAUAUUGAUCAAUCAGCCGAUACAGUCGAGAAUCUUCAUAUCCCAAAUGAUGCUGUACAAAUUGUUGAUGACUAAUGAGAAGAAGGGAUUUAUUUAGUUUUAAUUCUGCUGACUAUUUUUUCAUUAUUUUUUUUCUCUUUUUUUUUUGGCUGCGACGUUGUAUUACAAUCGUUUUAAUCUUUUUCAGUAUUACUUUAGUUUUUUUUUUUCUCAAUUUUUACGAGUCUGUGAUAUGAUAUCGCCUACAGUUUUUCUAGAUGUAAGUUUAUUGGAUUCAGUGAAUUCAAAAUAUAAAAGUGAAGAUAACGCUUAUCUUCAAUAAGGAUAUCUAUAUUUUCAUAGAUGUUAUAAGACUUAAAAUGAAAAGUUUAUUUUUUGUUCUUUUUAGUAUAGAUUUUUAUUCCUUUUGAGAGUUCCUACUUUUGUUGUUCAGAAUUAUCGUUAAGUUUUUCGAAAUAAAUAUUUUUUUAUUUAUUCA